CUCAUUUCCUCUUUAGCGGCACUCGAAAUCAGUCAGAAACUUUGCUUGCUAUGGAUUCUUCUCGUUCUACUCGCAACUUUGCUAAGAAGGACUGUAUCAUCGAGUUUGACGGUGCUUCCAAAGGAAACCCAGGAAGAGCUGGUGCAGGAGCUGUUAUCCGUGAUGCACAUGAUAACAGCGUGCUCCACCGUGUUCAAGAGGGUCUAGGCACUGCCACAAACAACGUUGCUGAGUAUCGAGCUCUCAAUCGUGGCCUCGAGUUUGCUCUUUCGGAAGGGUAUAGAAAUGUGCAGGUCCAGGGUGAUUCACAGCUCGUCUGUAAGCAGGUUCGAGGUGAGUGGAAAGCCAAUCACCCUCAAAUGGCUGAGCUUCGUAAUCAGGCCAGGGAGCUUGGGAGUCAGUUUAACACAUUCGACAUUCAACACAUUCCCAGGGAAUCCAAUUCUGCAGCAGAUGCUCAAGCUAACCAGGCGGCCAACCUCGCACAGGGUGAAAGGAAGUAUUAUUAGAAGAAGCCUAGAAGAAGGGAAUAUUAAUAAGUGGAGGACAUGUUUUCUUGUUUCUGGGAUCAUGUCUUUUAACAUUAUCAUGAACUUGCUCUUCUCUCUCUAUCUCUUUUGCUUUGUCUCAGCAUUAUGUUGACUUCCCAAGAACUUGCUUAUGCUUCACUCGUUUUAAAAUUAUGUUCUAGUAUAAUACUGUUUUCU